CAGGGCAGCGAGUCCCGGCUAGUGCGCUUCCGAGCCGGCUACCCCGUGGAGCCUCGCCAGGGGAGCAGGCUUCAUGGCGGCGCGGCCGGUGUCCCGGAUGGUGCGGCGAGUCCUCAGGUCCAGCUUUCGGAGCUGCAGCUCGGGGGCCCCGGUGACACAGCCCCGCCCCGGGGAGCCCUCCCAGCAUGCUGCAGAGGAGCUGUCCAGGCGGAGGCAGUUCCUGAGGGAGCACGCAGCCCCCUUCUCUGCCUUCCUCACCGACAGCUUCGGCCGGCAACACAGCUACCUGCGGAUCUCCCUCACGGAGAAGUGCAACCUCCGAUGUCAAUACUGCAUGCCCGAGGAAGGUGUCCCGCUGACCCCCAAGGCUGACUUGCUGACCACGGAGGAGAUUCUGACCCUUGCACGGCUCUUUGUGAAAGAAGGUGUAGACAAGAUCCGGCUCACGGGUGGAGAACCGCUCAUCCGGCCAGACGUGGUGGACAUUGUGGCCCAGCUCCACCAGCUGGAAGGACUGAGGACCAUCGGCGUCACCACCAAUGGCAUCAACCUAGCCCGGCUGCUCCCUCGGCUUCAGAAAGCUGGUCUCAGUGCCAUCAACAUCAGCCUGGACACGCUGGUGCCAGCCAAGUUUGAGUUCAUCGUCCGCAGGAAAGGUUUCCACAAGGUCAUGGAGGGCAUCCACAAGGCCAUCGAGCUGGGCUACAACCCUGUGAAGGUGAACUGUGUGGUGAUGCGAGGCCUGAACGAGGACGAGCUCUUGAACUUUGUGGCCUUGACCGAGGGCCUCCCCCUGGACGUGCGCUUCAUAGAGUACAUGCCCUUUGAUGGCAACAAGUGGAACUUCAGGAAGAUGGUCAGCUACAAGGAGAUGCUGGACACCCUCCGGCAGCAGUGGCCGGAGCUGGAGCAGCUGCCGGAGGAAGAAUCCAGCACAGCCAAGGCCUUUAAAAUCCCUGGCUUCCGAGGCCAGGUCAGCUUCAUCACGUCCAUGUCUGAGCAUUUCUGUGGGACCUGCAACCGGCUGCGAAUCACAGCUGACGGCAACCUCAAGGUCUGCCUCUUUGGGAACUCGGAAGUCUCUCUACGGGAUCACCUGCGGGCCGGGGCCUCUGAAGAGGAGCUGCUGAGAAUCAUCGGGGCUGCCGUGGGCAGGAAGAAGCGGCAGCAUGCAGGCAUGUUCAGUAUUUCCCAGAUGAAGAACCGGCCCAUGAUCCUCAUCGAGUUAUUUUUGAUGCGCCAAGAUUCCCCGCCAGCCCUUCUGAGCUUUUCUUCCUGGGACCCUCUCCGUGUUCAGGGUCUGAGACACAGAAUGAGUUUCUCCAACCAGGUGGCAACUUUGUGGAAAGGAUGCUGGGUCCCCCAGACCCCUCCCCUUGCCCAGUGGUGGCUGGGGUCUGGCUCCCCUCAGAGACACUACAGUUCCCACCUAGACUCAGAUACCAACCCAAAGUGCCUUAGCCCGGUGUCCCCGGCUCCUGCUGCCCACUCAGGACCCCUGCCAACCUCGGACCAGCUAACCCACGUGGACACUGAAGGACGGGCAGCUAUGGUGGAUGUGGGCCAGAAGCCAGACACAGAGCGGGUGGCUGUGGCCUCAGCCGUGGUCCUCCUGGGGCCCGUGGCCUUCAAGCUCGUCCAAGAAAACCAGCUAAAGAAGGGAGAUGCCUUGGUGGUAGCCCAGCUGGCUGGUAUCCAGGCGGCCAAGCUGACCAGCCAGCUGAUUCCUCUGUGCCACCAUGUGGCCCUGAGCCACAUCCAGGUGCGGCUGGAGCUGGACAGCACGCGCCAUGCCGUGGUGAUCCAGGCGUCUUGCCGGGCUUGGGGCCCCACUGGGGUGGAGAUGGAGGCCCUGACCUCAGCUGCUGUGGCUGCCCUCACCCUGUAUGACAUGUGCAAGGCCGUCAGCAGGGACAUCGUGUUGGGGGAGAUCAAGCUCAUUAGCAAGACUGGGGGUCAGCGGGGGGACUUCCAUCGGACUUAGAGCUCCUGCCCCGCUCUCGCCCAUGGCCCAGCUGGAUCACGCGAUGGGAUCCAAUUUGGGCCAACUGACAGAUGUCAAGUUCCUUUAACUCCGUCACUGUUUACCUUCACCAGUAGGAACCCAAGGUCGGCCCACUGCCUACUGCUGGAUGAGCUAUAAACCUGUGGGGUUCCCUUUAUUCAGAGAGGAAACAGCGGGCCCUCAGCCUUCCUGGACACGAAGGUCACAGGAGGGGGUCACAGCAAGCAAUGCUAGAUAACCAAAAGGCCACAUCGUGUUAUCUGUGGACUAUUUCAGACAACACGUUUCAGAUGAUCCAGCCCAUAACUUCCACUUCUCAUGGUGGGUUUUCUCUUCUCCUACUUCCCUGGGGAGAGAAUAAGGGCUCAUUAAGCAGAGGAACCCACUUUGAGGAGGGACAAGCACAGCUUGCAUUAGAACGUGUCACGACUUCUCCUUGGCAGCCUUGCCUCCCCAAGUCUGGAGCCACAGCCCGCCUCGCUGUCCCGCUCCACCAUCCCUCCUUUGAAAGAGCCAGUUACCCGCUCCUUUCGCCUGAGCCCACGUCCCACUGAACUUGCAGGCUCUCGCUUAACAAUUGCCCCAUACUGCCGGCUCCCUCCUCUCAAACAGGACAUACACUUGGGCCGCAGCCCUGAGGAUGCCUGACCAACCACACAUCCCACACCUGGCCCCGUGCACUGCCGUCCCAUCCACUACCCACACCCCUUUAUUCUAGAACAUAUCAGGGAAAAAAGAGUUGAAGGUUGCCUUCACCCUCACAGCACACAAAUAAAGCCACGAUGUCAACUUUGGA